AAAAAGAGGGCGUGUUCCACGCACUCACGCUUACAGCAGGAGGCAUUGUAGUGAGUUCCUGAGCCUCAGAGCAGAAGCAUCGUUUGUGGGGAUGCGGGGACAGCUGCUGUAGAACUGACCUAAUAUCAUAAAGACCGAACUGGGCUUUCUAAAAGCGCUGCUUGGAGUACAAAGGGCUCGUCUGAGCGUCUCACAUCUCAUUCAGUUUGAUGAACUCACACCCCACGUUAUUCUAUAUCUGCUGGGGGCCUAGGAGCGGAGCACCAGCUGUUUUAUGAAUGGGAUGCUCGUGUGACAGCAUAAAGACCAGAAACAAGGUGCUGUGUCAGUACAACAAGGUUUCCCGGCUGACUGGAGUUGAGAAGCACCAUUAUUCCUUCUGAGGCUAAUAAAGAUUGAGAUCUUGACUAGCUCUCACUACACACCACCAUGCCGAUCUUAAAGCAGCUAGUCUCCACCUCUUCCCAGACAAAGCGUCGCUCACGUAUGGACUUGACCAGGGAGAUGAUAAGUGCUCCCCUUGGUGAUUUCCGUCACACCAUGCACGUAGGUCGCAGUGGCGACGCUUUUGGAGACACGUCCUUCCUGAGCUCACGCUCCGGGGAGCCCUCCCCAGAGACGGCGUCCUUUCCCCGCUCUCCUAGACCCGGCCUUUUGGCACGCACCUUCAGGAGCAGCAAGCGCUCGCAGUCGGUGACGCGAGUGGACCAGCGGAACGAUCACGCCCUGACGGUUCCUGGAGGCUCACCAACCUUUGUUAAAAACGCCAUGUCGCUGCCUUUUCUCAACGACGAAAACAGAGGGGACAACCUCGUGUCUAAGAGCUUGUCUUCGAGUCCGUUUAAGCAGCACGGGGAGCCCGACGGUGGCGGUGCAGCUGCUGCGGCGAACUUACUCGAGCUGCAAGAAAGAAGCUUCGGUGAACUGACGGAGCUGCCAGAGAGUAUCGUCCACUACGGCGGAGGCGGAAUGAAGCACGCAGAGUCGGUCAUGUCCUUCCACGUCGACUUGGGACCCUCCAUGCUGAACGACAUCUUGGACGUGAUGCAGAAGGAGGAAGACGAUCUUGGCUACGAGGAAGGCAAAAGCAGCGAGGGCCGUGCCUCGCCGGCACUGAGCAACCACUGUGAGGAAGAGGACGACGAGAAGAAGGACGAGGAGGAUGAAGGCAGAGUCCAGCAGGUGGAGGCAGAAAGGGAUGCAGCAGAGCAUCCGGCCCACUCUAAUGAUCUGCGGGGGGAAUACGAAGGUCCCUACACUCCGGAGUACACUCCCGAGAUACGUCCCAAACAUCUGCAGCACCUGGACAGCUGCUCCAUGUCGAGCUCUGGCUCCGCUGCCUUGGAUGAAAAGCCAAACUACCAGAAUUACACAGGAGACACAGACAGCGCCACAUUCAGUGCGCCGCCUGAGGAGGAGAGCAACUUCUCCUCUUUCUUGGAGGAUGAAGAUGAUGAGAUCCACGUAUAAGAGUUCAGACUCAAAAUGACCAGGCUCCGGAAGACCUUUGGCAGUGUGGGUUUUCACUCCGAGCAGCAAGACGACACUGUAGUCGGCUCCUGUGGGACCAGGAACUUUCAGCGUUUUAUGGCUAUAAAGAAAGUUUGAUUACUCCUUUAGGAUGUGCCCAACUCUACUCACCAGAGCGCCUUACCCUUUUGAACACUGACACGGAUUGGGGAGUUCACUGUCCGAAUACCAUCCCAGAGAUGAACAGGGAGUUCUGGCUGAAAAGAAACUAGCUGAGAAAAGAAAAGAAAACGAACUCAACUCUGCCUUUCAAUUUCUCUUUGCUUCUGUUUGUCAUUGUGCUUUUUCUCCCUGGCUGUGGGGACACCAUGCUGCCCGAACCGAACAGAAGGCCUCUGUCACAAGCGCACCACUGGUGGGUGUCCUGACCCAAUAAAGAGAGCUGUGUUUGUGACUGGAGUGCGAGGCCCAGCAUCAAACCCCUUUCAUCAGAAAAUAUUAUGGCAGAGCUACAAAUCUUUCAGACUUUUUUUUUGCCCUUAUUCUCGCUCAUGUAACUCAGGGUCCCCGUGACGCCGCCCGAGGGCAACCAUCUCCUGCUUUAUUGCAGGACCACAAAGCCUAAACCGAAAUUCUGCUCUGUUAGUCUAGUGGAUGCCACGCAGAGCAAAGCUCAGUCAGGGGGAUGCUUUAAAGUGAUGCAUUGGGCUCACUACAAAGAAGCUUGUUAUCACAGGAAACCGGGGAGGUGAAGAGUAGCGCGUGCCACAUUCUUGGUUGUCCUUUUAUCUCCCUUUCCAUUGAACACAUUGUUUUCUCUUUAAACUGAUUCCCAUCAGCACAAACUAGCUGCAUUCCUUCUACGUUAUUUUUUUUGUUUUGGCUUUUUGACUUGACUCGAGAGCGGUUGAAAACCACUUCCUUCCGGUUUGUCUCACUUUUAGAUCCGAGCAUCUGCUGUGCCGCAACUGAGCAGUUAAAAACUGAUGCUCAUUACUCAACAGACCCCAUCACUACACACGAGGAAAGCUUUAUGGUUAAAACUCAAAUCUGCUGGCACGUAAAAGUAAGCCAGACGCUACUAGUAUCUGUAGCUGUUUUAGUAGGGGAAAAAAAAACAGGUCCCUCUCUUUUUCUGUGUUCGUUUGAAGCGCGGAUGAAACAGAAGCCUCAGCCAGAGAUAGAUGCAAGAGCAUUAAGGAGAAGAUUGCCGGUUUUAUGCAAGUUGCACAGUCAUUGCAGCUCGUCUCUACCUCUUGCAUCAUCGGAUCCAUGAGGCUUGAGCUGACUUGCGCAGAUUGAUUUCUGUGCCUUAACUGAAACUGACAGAUGUGCCAAAUUAUAAUAUUCGAGGCCAAAAAAAAAAAACUUCAUUUUGUGAAACUCUGUUUUGGGAGAGACUGAAGAUGUCAGUCCUUGUCUUUUCUGUAUGAUCUUAAUUUAGACUUUCACAAUGAAAAGAUUUGAAUAUGGAUGGCCAUUUAAGGGCAAAAUUCUUGCAGGACAAAGGAGGUACAUGAUGAGUUUGCAUAACUGGACAUAUUUGUCAGUUCCACACUACACAAAGUAAUUAUGUCUUUCUUGUUUUGUUUGAAUGAGCCGCUAUGUUUUCUUUAUUCUUAAUAAGCCUCACUGUCGUUGUCUGUGCUUUAUAUCUUUGACCUUUUUCCUAUAUUACCCAAAUUAACCUAUAUUUUUCAAUAAAAGAGAACCACACGCAA